AUGUUUUUCCUCAAGGAAGAGACAAAAGUUAUAUCGCUGCACCCAUCAUACUUCGGGCCUAAUGUGCGGGAGUACCUCAUCAAUAGACUCAACGAGGAGGAGGAGGGUCGGUGUACGGGUGAUCACUUUGUCAUUUGCGUAAUGGACAUGGUAGACAUUGGAGAAGGGCGAGUGCUUCCCGGCAGCGGGUCAGCCGAGUACACGAUCAAAUACCGUGCGAUUAUCUGGAAGCCGUUCAGAGGCGAGACUGUCGAUGCUAUUGUCACAUCCGUCAAGCCUACGGGGAUAUUCACACUGGCAGGGCCGCUGUCCGUUUUCAUUGCGCGGAAAAAUAUUCCUUCUGAUAUCAAGUGGGAGCCGAACACGGUCCCGCCCCAGUAUACGGAUCAUGCGGAUCAAGUCAUCGAAAAGGGAACCAGCUUGCGACUCAAGAUCCUUGGUGUGAAGCCUGAUGUGGCUGCUAUCAACGCCAUCGGGACAAUCAAGGAAGAUUACUUAGGACCUUUAUAA